GUGCUCUGAGUUGUUCCCAUCAACCGUCAGGUGCAGCAGAACAGAAGACGACGAGGAAGACGGUUUGGAAAGAUGAACAUCUUUGUGGAGUUAAAGUGGGAUAGAGGUGGUGUGCGUCCUUGUCAACAGCUCUGAAGUUUCAAAGUUCAUCCUGCAAACCGAAAAGAAGUGCGACAGCUUGCAGUGUUUGAUCGACAGCAUGGCUCAAUACAGUCGUGUUUCGGGGACUGUUGGCUUGAUUACUCUCCAAAAUCCGCCGGUCAACGCACUCUGUGCAGCGGUGAGGCAGGGCAUUGUUGAAAUGUUGAAGAAAGCGCUCAGUGACUCGAAGGUGAAGUCAGUGGUCAUCUGUGGCCAGAAUGGAAUAUUCUGUGGGGGAGCGGACAUCAAGGAGUUUGGGAUGAACAUGUCUGGGCCUCCAUUGGUACAGGUGAUCCAUGCCAUCGAGGAUGCGAACAAGCCGAUGGUGGCGGCUAUAGAAGGGGUCGCUUUAGGAGGAGGCCUUGAGUUGGCACUUGGGUGUCACUAUCGAAUCGCACACUCCAAAGCCAGGCUGGGGCUUCCAGAGGUGAUUCUGGGUUUGCUGCCAGCUGCUGGAGGAACCCAGCGACUGCCAAGGCUCAUUGGGGUCCCAGCUGCCUUAGACCUCAUCACCACAGGUCGCCAUGUGAUUGCUGCUGAGGCACUGCAGCUGGGAAUAGUGGAUCAGGUUACUGAUCACAAAACUGUGGAUGCAGCUGUGAAGCUUGCCCAAAGUGUUGCAGGAAAACCACUGGAUGCUCGUCGUAUAAGCACCUACCCAUGCGCACGCCCAUCUGAUUUGGAUGCUCUGUUCGAGGGGGAGAUGCAGAAGGUGCGACAAAGAGCCCGUGGAGCCAUCGCACCGGUUGCGUGUGUCCAGGCAGUGCAGGCAGCUGCCACCCUGCCCUAUACUCAGGGCAUAGAGCGAGAGAAAGAGCUGAUGGUCACUCUCUUCACCUCAGGCCAGGCCCGUGCCCUGCAGUACCUUUUCUUUUCUCAGAGAGCUGUCAGCAAGUGGAGCACGCCCAGUGGAGCACGCUGGGACACAAGCAAGCCUGGGCCCAUACAUAAAGUAGCUGUCAUUGGUCUUGGCACUAUGGGGAGAGGCAUAACAGUGGCCCUGGCUCAGACGGGGUUGUCCGUGGUCGCUGUGGAGACCCAGGAGAAGCAGCUGAUGGGGGCAAAGAAGGCGGUGUCAAACAUGCUGGAGCAAGGGGCUAAGAGACGAGGGGUUGCUCCCACACUAGACAAGAUCAGUUACAGCCCUAAUAUCCAGGCUAUAGCAGAUGCCGACCUGGUCAUUGAGGCUGUGUUUGAGGAUAUGGCCCUGAAGAAGCAAGUCUUCCAGCAGCUGGCUGCUGUUUGUAAACCAGGCACUUUCCUGUGCACCAACACUUCUUCACUAGAUGUGGACCAACUGGCCUCUCAAACCCGCAGCCCAGAGUUGGUGGUGGGGAUGCACUUCUUUGCUCCAGCCCAUGUCAUGAAGUUGUUGGAGGUGGUGUAUGGACCACGGACCUCUCCUCAGGCGGUGGCCACUGCCAUGGAACUGGGGAAGAAAAUGGGCAAAGUCAGUGUGGCUGUUGGAAAUUGCCAGGGCUUUGUAGGGAACCGCAUGCUGAAGCUAUAUCUCGAACAAGCUUUUUUUCUGUUAGAAGAAGGGGCCACACCUGAAUUGGUAGAUCGAGCACUGGAAGAGUUUGGGUUUGCCAUGGGUGUGUUCAGAAUGUCAGACCUCUCUGGGCUCGAUGUGGGCUGGAAGGUCCGGAAGGGACUUAUGCUGGGUGAGACUGAUGUGUCAUCAGGGCAGUCAGCUCGAAUCCGACAAGGCUGCAGGUACAGCCCGCUGGGAGACCUGCUCUGUGAGCAGGGCCGGUUUGGUCAGAAGACAGGGCAGGGAUGGUAUCAGUAUGACAAGCCUGGCGGUCGGGUUGCCAGCUCUGAUCCUUGGCUUCACAGCUUUCUGGAGAGUUACAGAGCCAAGCACGGCCUGGUGGCACGGCACAUAGACCACCAGGAGGUACUGGAACGCUGCCUCUAUGCCAUGAUCAAUGAGGGUUUCCGUAUCCUGGAGGAAGGAAUAGCUGCAGGACCUGAAGACAUAGAUGUCAUCUAUGUGUUUGGCUACAGCUGGCCCAGGCACCGUGGAGGCCCCAUGUUCUACGCUGACAUGGUGGGGUUGGCGAAGGUCCUGGAGAGGCUGGAGCACUACCAGCAGGCUCACCCUGAUGUGCCCUACCUACAACCCUGCAGCUUGCUCAGGAGGCUGGUGGCCAGCGGCAGCCCACCUAUACAGAGGUGGAGGGAAGUCAUCAAGAAACCACACAGCCAGCUUUAAAUCUCAUAAAUUCAUGACCAGCUUUAAUAUGUUGAUACACUUGGAUAAUAAUGAUAAUACUGUGAUUAACAUAAUGUACUACAUUUAUAUUGAGCUUUUCUGCUUAUAGUAAUGCUUACUGAUUUCUUAUAUAUGGUGGUUAUAAAUGAUUUAGGAUGAUUUCUGUGAGAUAGUCCCAAUGUCUGACUGAUGUCGAUUUAACUACUGACUUGGAGGACUGUCCUGUUGGAAUGAAUUUAAUCUUGUAGUUAAAUCUGGGUGUUUUAAAUACUCAACUUUUUUAAAAAUGCAUUUGUGUACAGCAUACAAAAAUAUCAUCUACAUGUAUCAUCUGAUGACUCAAUAAAGGUUA